AUGACUUUCUCUCAGACCAUGGGAGGUCUUGCCAAGCGUGCAGGAGGAGGACAUGACGAGGACCCAACCGCUGGCCUAGAGAACGUCGACGUACAGCGCUACCUCGGUCACAUCUGGUGGGCGAUCGUCCUAGUAUUCGCCCUCUAUCAGGCCGUUCUCUUCUUUGCACGAUACAUCCGAACAGUGACCUGCUUGGGAAACGAGACUCAAAGAUAUUUCGCCAUCCCCAACUACUACUACGCCAGAUUCAAGAAGUCAUGUCUGGACGCUCCAUUGUUCCGCACCCGCCACCACCGAGAGUUCAAACUGUCAUCCGCCAUUGGUGUUGGCACUCUCCCCAGUCGUCUCCAAACCUUCUUCCUCGUGGGUUACUUGGCCGUCAACAUCGGUUUCUGUGUCUGGAGGAUCGACUACAGCAGCUUUUCCUCAGGUGCUGGUGAGCUCCUCAGCCGCUCUGGUAUCAUGGCAGUGAUCAACAUGAUUCCCCUUUUCCUGCUAGCUGGGCGCAACAACCCAAUCAUUACGCUCACUGGCAUUUCCUUUGACACCAUGAACCUAAUUCACCGUUGGUUUGGACGCAUCGUCGUUCUCGAGGCCGUUGCCCACACGGUCUGCUGGAUGGCAAACAAAGUACAUACCAGUAAGUCUGUCCACGCAGAUCUCGAACCUAAUAUUGGCCAGGGAACUUGUGCCUUCGUCUUCCUACUGAUUCAAUCGCCAUCACCUGUUCGUCACUCGUUCUACGAGGUCUUUCUGCACGGUCACAUUGCUGGCGCCGCACUUGCGCUUGGUGCCGUGUGGGUGCAUCUGAAGGAGCGUCCCCAGCAGUUCAUGCUGUACGGUGUGCUUGCUCUUUGGGUCAUGGAGCGCACGAUCCGCCUCGUUCGCCUUAUCCUACGCAACGUUGGAAGUGGUGGCACCCAGGCUGACGUCGAGGUUCUGCCCGGCGACGCGCUUCGCGUCACUGUACGCAUGGCUCGCCCGUGGACAUUCCGCCCAGGACAGCACGCCUACCUCUACAUGCCCUCUGUCGGCCUUUGGACCAACCACCCGUUCUCUGUCGCGUGGAGCGAGGAAGAGGAUGACCUCAGCGUUAGCUCGUCCAUCGCUGAUGAGAAAGGCCUACCCAUGAAUCGUCAAGAUAUCCUUGAGCACAGCAAGACAAGCAUGUCAUUUAUCAUUCGUCGACGAACUGGAUUUACCGACAAGCUUUUCAAGAAGGCAGAUCUAUCUGCUGCCGGCAGAUUCUCCACCUCGGCAUUCGUUGAGGGUCCAUAUGGCGGCGAAGAUCUCAGCUCCUAUGGCACAGUUAUGCUCUGGGCUGCUGGUAUUGGUAUCACUCACCAAGUUCCCCACGUGCGCGACAUCGUUGCCGGUUACGCAAAUGGCACCGUUGCCACUCGUCGCCUUACCCUUGUCUGGAUCAUUCAAUCGCCUGAACACCUCGAGUGGAUUCGAACAUGGAUGACGCAGAUCCUCGCCAUGCCCCGCCGUCGCGAGAUUCUCAAGAUCCUGCUUUUCGUGACCCGCCCCCGCCGGCAAGGAGAGAUCCACUCUCCAUCAUCAAGCGUGCAGAUGUUCCCCGGUCGACCGAACGUUCAAAGCCUUGUCGACCAAGAGAUGCAAGAAGGCAUUGGUGCGGCCUGUGUCAGCACUUGUGGUACUGGCGGACUGGCUGAUGAGCUCCGCCGCGCCGUCCGCAACCGCGAACUCCAAUGGAAUGUUGACUUCCGUGAGGAGUCCUUCUCAUGGUAG